CUACACGGGCCGGGCGGAAGCUAAGAAAGGCCCCACCUAAACCGUAACUUAAUCGGCGAUCGCCAGUUUGUCAUAUGCCUCUGACGGACCUGGGCCCCAUAAGACACCGGGGAUAGCGGGCUUGUAGGUGUUGCCCCGUUUGGCACGCGCUGCUGGCCAGCUGGCGCGGGUCGGGUAUUAAUACUCUAAAUUUCUCGUCCGUGCACACCUCGCCCCCAAUCCAGUCUAAUCCAGUCUAAGCCGUCAUGUUGAUUCCGACCCUUCCCGCCACUCUGACGCCUGCCCUCAGCGGCCGUGAGGCCAUUGCUGACGCCGUCUACCGCUGUGUGGUCGCCCUUGACACGGACAACCCAACUCUCUUCAAGUCUGCCUUCACCAGUGAUGCCAUCUUUGACCUCAACGGCACCAUAAUGGAUGGCUUUGACGCCAUAAAUACCCAAUGCUACGCUUCUAUCUCCAAGAUGGACACGAGUCACUUCCUCAGCAACAUGCGUAUCAACGUCCUGGAUGGAGACUCAAAAGCUGAAGUGACAUGUUCAGCCCUCGCUCAACACUACCACGGCGGAGAGGGCAUGAAGUCGGGCGCUGUUCCACUACUCGCCGGUGCCCUCUACUGGGUGGACCUCAUCAAGGAUGCCGGAGACGGACUGUGGAAGAUUACGCACUUGAAGCUCAAAUUGACUUGGGGACAAGGCGACUGGGGAGUUUUUGGCAAUUAGACUAGCGACUAGAAGCAUGGCGGUAGGAGUAGCAAAAGAUUUGUCAUGGUUGGCAUGGAUGAUUGAUCGAAGCCGCCGAAAACAGGUAGCAAUACAAUCACAACUCGAAUAGUAAC